CAGCAACUACGGCACAAACGACGCUACGAAUGCCUUGUUUUGAGUCCGUCUGCCAGAUCAUGAAAACUAAACCACGGCUCUAUGACUAGACACAAUUUGGAGGUCCAUCUCAAAUGGCUUUUAGAUCAAGGCCCCUCACUCUAUCCGUCUCUAUCGCCGUCUGCGCGCGUCCCUAACGAUCUCUCCGCCAGCCAGCGUCUUGCUGGAAACCCGUCCGUUCCAACGCCGAACGUAUCGGUCGCUCAAAUUGCAGCGGGGGCCUCAGACGACACGCAGUCCGUCCAGGAUACCUUCGUGGACGAUGAUUUGGAAGCCGGCGCGGGGACCGAACCGGAUAUAAACAUGGCGCGAUUACUUUUUGCUCCGGACUCUUCGAAGAAACCUCGUUUGCUCAGUCACUCCAAAGACCCGAUUUCCGGACUACCAAAAACGCCCAAUGGCCGUUCCUCUCUCGACACGCCGAAAUCUAGUCGCAAGGUUUUGCCGCAAACAUCAGCCAAAGGCAGUCAAAGCGCGCGCCCUUCAACUAUUCAUGAUCCCCAUCCGCCAGUGGCUACGCCUUUACGUGCGAAAUCGCCCUUCGACGACUUCGAUUCCCCAUUUCUUGAUAUCGAUACCAUCGACUUGACCGGCGACUUCGACCAGAAGAAAUCAGGAGCGGCAGAUGAAUUCGGAGAAUCUCGACGUGUAUGGACUGAGGAUGCUGCUUUUCGCGCGGAUCCCGCGGAGAAGCGAGGCAAGAAGCGAAAGAGCGAUGAGUACACCUCCGAUCUCCGGUCACCAAGAAAAAAUAUUCCGAAAGUGCGAUCGCCUUUGAAGACGGUGAACGACGUUCCUUCGCAUUCCAACUCAACGCGAACCGUUAAGAGCCCACUUUCGCGUCCAGUCAAAGAUAAUCUCAGCUCUCCCUCGAAACGACCUACAAACGAGCCUCUGCGAUCUCAAGGCAACCUUUCAAAAGAAGUAAUUGCGGAUUCGGACGAAGAUGACGAAAACCUCUUUGAUGACUGGGAUUGUGAUGAUGAAUACCUCCCUGCCACUAGCGAGGCCUUGUACCCAAUCCUCCCUCAAGAAGAUGAUAUCGAGGAGGUUGAUGUCAGCAAGAAACCCGUAAAGCAGCCAAUCCCUAAAUCUCCGGCGAAGCCUGUGGACACUAGUGCGCGCUCGAGUAGCGAAGGGCUUCAGAGUUUUGGGAGACCAUCGGAUGUGCCUUCCUCCAGUCUACCGGGCCCUCAACCCAAAAAUGAGGACGUCGCCAAGUUUUUGGCUUCCUCUGCGGAUGUACUGGACCAACAAAUUUCCUCUCUUAGGAGCACCCUCACACGAAAUGCGGAACUUGUCUACGAGCAGGCAAUGAGGGGCGAGCUCGCACCUGGUUUGAUCGCCGAAAACAAAAGCAUCACCGAUCGGAUCGAGGCGAUUGAGUCGUUGAAGAAGCAGAAGGCAGCGUACGACGCCAAUGAAACAAAAAGAAAGGAUCUCAAGAAGACCCUUAUGCAAGUGAUAUCGCAAGGUGGCAGCCCGGAGUCGUUGCCACAGGAACUCAAACAAAGCCGGGAAAUCACUUCCCGACUUGAACAGAUAGAAACACAUAUACAAGGCCUCCUUUCGCGCGCCGGUGAUCUACCAGACCAGUCCGUGUCAAGCAAUGGUGUUGCCCAGCAUGACUUAGAUCAGAGAAACCCAUCCCCCCUGAAGACCAAGCCUUCUGGCAUUGGGGAGAGCAUCGGACCUAGGCACUCAGCGUCUGCUGGCAGCUCGCUGUUUCGGCCUUCUGGUGCAUCUGCCUUUAAUUACGAUAGGUCGCGAAGCGAAAUCUCAGCACCUUCCGUCAGUGCACCCAAAAGGGCUGCCAACGGAAGCUCAGGUCUGGGUGUUUUUGACUACGACGAGCCAAUGAUGGACGAUGAUGAUGCUACUUUCACUAGGACAAUGGGAUCGCCGAUCUUUCAAAAUGGGAUUGCCGACGAAUUCGACUUGGACGCCGACGAUGAAGACAUGCUAGAGGCUGCAGGUUAUCUGGAAGACAAUCAUCCAUUUCCUUCUCACUGUCAUGAACCCCCUUCUCGGAAAGUUUUCGCUGAAACUUCUGCAAACGUCCCUCGCCUUCCGUCUCCUCAAAAGCCGCAAAGCCAGACUGCGUUAUGGGACCAGCACUCGUGGUCUAAGGAUGUAAAGAAGAUGCUGAAGGACCGGUUCCACCUACGUGGUUUUCGACUCAACCAGCUCGAGGCUAUAGACGCAACUUUAAGUGGCAAAGACGUAUUUGUUCUUAUGCCCACCGGUGGAGGGAAAUCCUUGUGCUACCAGCUUCCCUCUGUUGUGACCAGUGGUUUCACCAAGGGAGUGACACUAGUGGUUUCCCCAUUGCUAAGUCUAAUGCAGGAUCAAGUCACUCAUUUGCAUCGAAACGAAAUUAAAGCAUUCGUGAUGAAUGGAGAAACCCCAGCCGAUGAGCGAAAAUGGAUCAUGAGCACCUUGUCUGGUCCACGACCGGACAAAGACAUUGAAUUGUUGUACAUUACGCCGGAAAUGCUGAGCAAGAACCAAAUCCUAAUUCGGAUUCUGGGGCGAAUCAACGAUGCACAGAAACUUGCGCGAAUCGUCGUUGACGAGGCACAUUGCGUCAGUCAAUGGGGCCACGAUUUUCGACCUGACUACAAGGAAUUGGGAGAGCUUCGAAGCCACUUACCCGGUGUGCCAAUGAUGGCGUUGACUGCCACUGCCACGGAAAAUGUCAAAGUGGACGUGAUCCACAAUCUCAAGAUGGAAGGGUGUGAGAUAUUCACGCAGAGCUUCAACAGACCAAACCUGACGUACGAGGUUCUGCCAAAGAAAAAGGGGGCAAGUCUCUUGGAAAGCAUCGCGGAUACCAUCAAAACAUCCUAUCGCAAUAAGUGUGGGAUCGUGUAUUGUCUCUCACGCGAUUCUUGUGAGAAAGUCGCAGGUGCUCUGCGAGAUGAUCAUGGGAUCAAAGCCGAGCAUUAUCACGCGGGCCUUAAAACCAACGAGCGCACCGUGGUACAGCAACGUUGGCAAUGUGGACAAACCCAUGUCAUUGUCGCAACUAUUGCUUUCGGCAUGGGGAUUGACAAACCGGAUGUGCGAUUCGUGAUCCAUCAUAGUCUUCCGAAAAGCUUAGAGGGCUACUACCAAGAAACUGGUCGCGCUGGUCGAGAUGGCAAGCGUUCUGGCUGCUAUCUAUUCUACUCCUACGGAGACGUUCAUCCUAUUACUCGGAUGAUCGAUGGGGGUGAUGGGAGCAAGCAGCAGAAAGACCGACAGCGCCAGAUGUUGCACAAUGUUGUCCAAUACUGCGAGAACAAGUGCGACUGCCGAAGAGUGCAAAUCCUGGCCUAUUUCAACGAGUAUUUUCGUCCAGAGGAUUGCAAUGCCUCUUGUGACAACUGCAAGUCAGAUUCCGUGUUUCAACUUCGUGACUUCUCUCAACAUGCUGCUUCUGCAAUCAAGGUUGUCAGGCACUUUGAGAGAAUCAACGAAAACGUGACCAUGUCGUACUGUGUCAAUAUCUUCCGUGGCAGCGUGAAAAAGUUUCGGUCUCCUCAACACAGGGAGGCUCCAGGCUAUGGAGAUGGGUCCUCCUUGGAGAUGGGAGAAGCCGAGCGACUGUUUCACCGUCUUCUCGGCGAAGGGGCUUUACAUGAAGAGAAUGUGGUCAACGGAAGCAAGUUCGCUGUCCAGUAUAUCAAGCCAGGACGACGUGCUGCUGAAUUUGCGAGUGGUCGCCGUAAGUUACAGCUCCAUGUCAAGGUUGCAUCAAAUGGAAAGGGGAAGAAACCUCGCGGUGACUCAGGGAGGGACUACUACCCUCAAUCCACCAAUAUCUCAUCGCCUGUACAAGGGGCCAAUCGGCGGGAUCUUAACCGCUUUCGAUUUGACAACUCGGACGGCGAUGAUUCUGAUGACGGUCGGGAUAGCGACGGUUUUGAAUCUACUCGGGUCGCUGGAAAACCGUCACGGAGCAAAAGGCAUACGCCAGGCCCACCGAUCACCCAGGAUCAUAGGUUCGAACAACUCGAUCCCCUCCACAAGGCGGUUGCAGAAGAUUUCAUGGUCUAUGCCAAAAACCAUUGUCAGGAUCUGGUACUCAAAAAGGGCCUCCGCAACCAGCCUUUUACCGAUGGUAUUCUUCGCGAAAUGGUUAUUGUAUUCCCUCAAAAUCUGUCGGAGCUUGCUGCGAUUCCCGGUAUUGAUCCGGACAAAGUAAAUCGAUACGGCGCCCAGAUAUUGAAGCUCGUGCGAGACACGCAACGUCGCUAUACAGAAUUGCGAAAAGAGCGCGAUGAUGCAGAUGGCGUUGUUCCUGAUCCCAACCAUCACAAUGUCAUCAACCUCAGCAGCGACAGCGAAGAAUACAAUGAUGGGGAUCUUUUGGAUCAGGCCUCGAACCUGGACAUAAAUGAAAAUGUCUCCAGCCGAUUCUUUAUCACGCAGCCAGUCCCCAGCAAUGACUCCGACGAUGAACAGGAUCGACCUUCAACUUCGAAUGGGUUCAGGGGUCGGAAGCGCCAAGCUAGCAAACGGCCUCGACGCAAAACUCCUACAACAUCUCGAUCUGGACCAAGGACCUCGAGAACCAGAAAGAAGGCCAGUACUGGCCGCUCCGAGAGCCGUCCGUACUCUCGGAAGGGCCCGUCGAAAGCGAAGGAGCCGACGGCCUCCCGAAUAGGGAUGAUGCCUAUCUAAAACCUUUUUUUUCCACUUACAUUGAGCAAGUACAUUAUGUCUGGACGAGGAUUUGGGUGUUAUAUGGAGUCGACACAUAGCAUUAUUAUUGGAUGAUUGAAUUGCAUUAGCGGGCGAAUUGACGGAAUUCUCGUUCGGCGG